AUGCAAUACACGGCGGUAUCCGAAGUUUCCACGCUUGUCUCGACCGCUUUCUCCACGAAAUGGAACAUGUCGCAAUUGUUACCGUACUGCGUUGCUAUUGUAGCACUCUUCUUCCUCAAACUGUCCCUCUCUAGCCAGCACAGGUCCACCAAUCCAGCGGAGCCCGGACAGAUCCAACCGCGUCCUUGGUACAUUGGACAUAUGACGGGAAUGAUCUCGAGGCACACACAUUACUUUAACGAUCUUUCAAAAACCCAUGGUGUCGACAUCGCAAUCCUUCCCAUGCCUCUUGGUAAGAUAUACGCGAUAUGGGAUAUCCACCUGAUCCAGAGUGCCUUGAGAUCGAGCGCAAUGUCGUUCGACGCAAUCAUGAUGCAGCAUGCGCGGGGUCUUCUAGGGCUCAAUGAAAGAUGCUUGGAAGUUGCCCGCACUGGCAUGUUGAGAGAUCUGAUGCGGCUCACUACCAGCCUCUUGUCAGGUCGCUCUCUCGCCACAAUCAGCGUAGACUUUCUCAACCAUGCUGCACCCGUCCUCAAUGAGCUGGGCGCAAGACCAACAUACUGCAUUUCUGAUUUCUACGACUGGGUGCAGACCAUUGCGACAUUGGCAACCACAGACACACUCUAUGGAGAAUUGAAUCCAUUCAGAAAGGAUGAAGGCCUCUUAGUUGAUGUGUGGCUUUUCGAGGCGGGGCUGAGAAGGCUUGCCAUGAAUAUAUUCCCGGCCGUGACCGCUCGCCGACCUAGCCAUGCCCGAGACCGACUUGUUCGGGCCAUUACUCCUCUAUUCGACGAAACCAUCAGCGACCAGUCGCUUCUUCCGACCUUGACACUCAAGAGAGUUGAGGUGAUACGCAGUCAUGGUAUCACGGAUCCUGAGCAAGUUGCUCGCAUUGAGCUAGCUCUCCUCCACGGCGCGACCGUCAACACCGUUCCUACCUUGUUCUGGACCCUGACACAUGUGCUAGCAUGUCCAGAGCUUGUGCGGGAUAUCCGCCGGGAAGCGCGCACCUACAUUCAACCCGGGGCCGAGAUUGUCGUCCCAUUCAGUGUCCUCAGUGACUCCUCUCCCCUCCUCAUGUCCGUGUUUCGUGAGACGACGCGUCUGGUCAACUCGGCCAUGUCCACCCGCUUCGCCAUGAAGGAUGCCCUGAUUGCCGACGAGCAUGGCCGCGAGUACCUCAUCCGCUCCGGAUCGACCGUCAUGAUGCCCGCGACCGCCCACCUGUCGACCGACGUCUGGGGCUCAGACGCCGCCGAGUUCAAGAGCACGCGCUUCUACGGGUGGGACAGCCGGGACAAGCCCGAAAUCAAGAAACGGCGUGCGGCAUACAUGCCGUUUGGUGGCGGUAAACAUCUCUGCCCGGGCAGAAAUCUGGCACAGUACGAGAUUCUUGGCAUGGUCCUUGCCAUGGUCAUGGCCUUUGACGUGGAAGAUGCCCACUCCCCAAAUAAACCUGUACAGAUCCCUCAAUUAGACCCGGCUCGCAUGGGCCAGGGGGUUGGGAAGCCGACUUUCUCGAAACCUGGAAACAGGCUUGCUGCAAAGCUAAGUGUACGGACUGGAUGGGAAAAUGCUCGAUGGAGAUUUACAGUCUAA